AUGGGUCAGGAGCAAGAUCAUGAAAGCGAUGUCGGUGAGGAAGCGCGCAAGGCAGAUGGAAAGCAGCUGCAGCCCAACCAGGACGAAUCCGUCUGUCAGCUUAAAAACGGUACGGCCAAGCUGACCGUCGAAUCGAACGGUGACCUGAAGCAAACCAUCCUCGAUGGGCUGGAGAAAAAGGGUGACCGUGGACUCUGGCUGUGGGUUUUGUUCAUCCUUUGCCUCACACCGAACAUUCUCAAUGGUUUUCACGUGUCGUCGUACGUUUUUCUUGGCCAGCAGCCAAACAACUACUACUGUAUGGUGCCAACUCUCGUGCAUGCCGGCUGGAGUCACGAGGAAAUACGCAACAUCACAGCACCAACCGGUAGUGCCCGGAACGGGACCUGCACAAUCCUCGCCUGGAACUACAACCAGCUGAGCAACCUGAACUACCGGGACGCGCUCAGCUACACCCAGUCGCAUCCACGCCCUACCGAGCUGGACUGCCUGUCGACGGCGUCCACCCACGGGUGGCACAUGUACUACGAUCAGCCGGAGGGCGUUUCGAUCGUGCCCGAGUGGGAUCUGCUGUGCGAGCGGACUGCCCUGCGCUCGACGGUACAGGUGGCCCUAUCAAUCGGGAAGUUUGUUGGCGCGUCCAGCUUCGGGGUCAUCUCGGACAAGUAUGGACGCAAGACGAGCUUCUCGAUUGCGGCCACACUGUACAUCGUGGCCGGGUUGCUAACGACCUUCUCGCCGGUGUACGCCCUGUUGCUGCUCGGUCGCAUCGGACUCGGUGCCUCCGCUUCCGGAGUGUUUUAUCCUGCGUUCGCUUUGCUCACCGAAAACAUUGGCAAACGGCAUCGAUCGUGGAUGAGCAUCGCGUUCAACUUCUCCUACCCCUUGGGUAUGCUGUUUCUCGCACUGGCCGCCUACCUCAUACAGCCCUGGCGGGAUCUAUCGCUUGCCCUCACCGUACCCUCGUUCCUGCUCAUCAUACACCUCUACUUCCUGGUCGAAUCGCCUCGCUGGUUGCUGAGCAAGGGUCGGGAACGGAAGGCCUUCCGGAUGGUGUUCGGACGGAGCGCCCCGAAGGAAUUGCUGGACAGUGCGGCUGUGGCGGAGAAAAACCACGACGUCGACGCCGAAUCUCAACCGGCGGCGACCGUUCCGUUCAGCACCAAGCUCAAACAAUCGGUCAGUGAGUUUACGAAACUGUACGGCACACCCGUCCUCUGCCGGCGGGCUCUAAUAUGCCACUUUACCUGGUGCAUUACGUCACUGUGCUAUUACGUGACAGCGCUCAAUGCGGACAACUUCGCGGCCAACCGGAACGUGUACGUCGCCACGACCGGCUCGGUGGACAUCGUCGCGUACAUCCUCUCGAUCAUCGUGCUGGCGUACUUCGGGCGGCGCAGUUCAUCGUUUUGCUUUUUCCUGUACGCCGGCAUCUGCCUGCUGGUGGUGCUGGCCAUUCCGGAGACCAACACGACUGCCCUGGUGACGCUCGCCAUGCUGGGCCGGGUCGGCAUUACGGCCGUGUACGCGAUCGUCACGUUGCACACGGCCGAACUAUUCCCAACCGAGAUCCGCAACACGGCCCUCGGUAUCUGCUCGACGAUGGCGCACGUCGGUUCGAUUGCGGCACCGUACAUAACGGAUCUGCUCGGACGGCUCGCCUGGUGGAUACCGACCACGAUCUGUGGUUGCUCGGUGCUGCUGGCCGGUGCCCUAACGCUGCUUCAUCCGGAAACACGUGACGCCGCGCUCAAAGACCAUGCGCAGCAGGAACAGCUGGACCACGCAGACGAACCACCACCGACUGACCCAGUGGAUCCGGAAGACGUGGAAGCGAAAAACAAACACUAG